AUGAAAAAUAAAAAGAAUAAGAAUAAGAGCGGAAACCGCCGAUCCCGGUCGAGUCAACCACCUAAAAAAGAAGUACCGGAGGAGAAAAGCGAAACUGAAAUAGUUCCGGAGCUUCCGCCUCCUACUGACGUUACCGAGAUAAACGAAGAAGUCACUGAAAACACCGAUUUGCCUCUCGUGACCUCGGAAAAAGUUGAUGUCUCAUCUCAGGAACCAGUUGUUGUUGAUGAGGAAAAGCAAAAAGAAAACGAAUUGGACAAAAGCAAGACUGAACAAGUAGAAGAGGCUAUUCAAGAGAUCGAGCAAGAAGAAAAAGUGGAUGUUGAAAACCUCGAAGAUAAAGAAGAAGAGGAGCACGUGGAUGAAUUAGAGGUAGCCGAGGAAGGCGCGGAGGAAGGAAACGAUAGUGUCGAUAGUGGUAACUCACAAAAAAGGACACAAUCUGAUGAUGAGACAAGCGUGGCCGUUUCGGAGCCUGAAGUCUGGACAAACUAUGACUAUGAUAGAAAAGCUGAAGAAUACGAUGUCGAUCAGAUAAUAUUCUGGAAGUCAUACAGAAAGAAAUAUUCAGCGGUUCUUCGUUUCGUCGAUCCAGAAUUCAGAUACAUCGCAGAAAUCGGCCCAUCUGCGACGUUCGAUUCUGAAGGCGUCGACAAGAUGAUUGCCAAAAUGGAAGAGCUCGGAAUCCAGAACGCUUGGCCUUUUGAUACAAAUUUCACAGCAACAACCAAAGAGCUUCGUCAGUUUCUCUCUGAAGUACUUGAUAAAAUAAAGUUCUGCUUGAGACUGGCUUGUGCAGAACGCGGUUACAAAUUCAAGAGCGGGAAUUCCAAUUUUGCUCCGAUAUCUAGUGUUUGGGGAGAAGAAAUCGAUCCUAUUCUGGAAUUGAAAACAUUAAAAGUUAUUGUUGACAAGAUGAAGGAACCUCUAAUGAGAGAUGAAGCUGAAGGACAAGAAGCACGUUUUUGGGCAGAGACCGCUAAUAUUUUCCAAUUUGUUAUGCCAGCUUUGGAAAUAUUCGAUUCAAAAACGUUGUCUGAGAAUAGUAUCUCUGAUUGCAUGAGCUCGAUUCAUGGCCGUAAAGAUCUUGGUUUUGAGAUUUCCGAAAAAGAAGUCGACGAGAUGCUGGAACGCAGUUUCAAUGAAUCAGGGUUUGGAGAGUUCCCACCAACAGCUCUAUUCGCUCCAGAAGUUUUCAAGACUGUAAAUCAGCUGAAAAUGAUCUUUAAUCAAAUUGAACAAAUGUCAAAAGUCGUUGAUGUUCGUGUGAAAUUAUCUGCGAUUCAAAUGAUCACACGUAUCUUCGAACAGAUCAGUGAUGAUGAUGCUGUUUCUGUGUUAGAGGAAUACAAAGGUCAAAAUCCAGUUACAAUCGAGAAGAUGUUUGGAAUCGAUCCACAUAAAUUUGAAAUCAACAGAGACUCGAAACGUACCCAAUACUUGAAACUUUUCUUUACAAUUCUCGGGGAAAAUCCGAAAGAAGAGUUCGAAUUUUCAACGGAACGCCUUACUGCCGCGUUCAAAUGUUUGUACUUGGUUUUUGAUCCCUUUGAGGUCAACAUGAUUCUUUUCAAAAUCAUCGGUACUCGAAUCAGAGAAAAUCAUAUUCUGGACAAAGACCGGAAGAAGCUAAUUGAUGUUCUUUUGAUACUUCCGGAAUUUCUGAUCAAGCGAUUAGAAAUCGGACCCAAGUUCAUUAAUGGAGAGGUUUCAGACGACAAUCAAGUGAGCAUGUAUUUCCAGUUGAUGACAGUUCUGAAAAAUGGGAAUAAAGACCAAAUAGACAAGUUUGGAAAUUUUGUCGCCUUUGCAGCUAAUUCGGACAAAACUGCCAUCUUAGUAAGCGCAACAAAGGCAUUCAGAAUGGUAAUGAAGUGUGUCGAAACUGGGACUUGCCGGACGAUGGCGAUAGAAGUUCUGAAAUCUCUUGCUUACCGCUGUUCGAGCUUCCUUCCAAAUGAGUUCUACGAGGAUUUGAUUAUUUUCGCACUUUCGAAGUACAGCUUUCCGGAUGAGAAACCGGUUGAGAGUAAAUAUCAGUUCAUUGAUAUCGUUUUCAAUGUCAUCAAUCAACACAAAGACGCUCUAGAAGAGGUUUUGAAGGGACCAAGCCUAAAAGAAAAGUGGACGGACAUGGGACAUCAUUGGUACACAGUUCUAUAUCUGACUCACAAAUUCCCAGUUCUCAAAGAUGCGACCCCUGUUCCACCACAGUAUCCAUGGCUUUCGGCGGGUGGUUGGACUGGAGAAGAGCAAGAUAAGACGGAACUGAAGAACUAUGUUUUUCUGGCGAAAGUUCCCACGGCGUGGCCGAACUGUACAGACAUGAAAAUCGUCGAAGACCUCGUUUCAGUUGACAAGUUUUUGAUGUUUUUCACAGAAAAAAUAUAUGUGCUCAAAGUUGACGGGUUCCUAUUAGACAGGGCUGUCCAAAACGGCGGCCGGGCCUCGGCCGGCCUCGAAAAAGCCUCGGCCGAAGAAAAAAAGCCUCGGCGCGCUCCAUUGAGAAAAAGCCUCGCGAGGCCUCGGCCGGCCGAGGCCGGCCUCGCAAAUGUGACUACGGUCCGCAAGUCGCAUAUUUUACGACAACAAAUCACGCAUUUUUCGAGAGUUUUCUCGAUUUUUCCAUCGAUCUGUGGCGACAUGAACAUUUCGAACGGCAGUGUUGAACAUGUUCCACCUGACGUUUCGCGAUCGGAUUUGUACACCGCGAUGCGAAAGUAUGUUUCCGAAUUCACAAUCAAGGAAGAAUGGAAGAAAAAAUUGCUCAACUCCUUUGACAGCAAAAUAGGUUUCCUAACGUCACAUAUCAAAAAGGAGCCACAGCAGGAGGAAACUUCUGAAAAACCAACACCAGAGUUGAAACAGGACGUGCUCCAAAAUGUCGUCGAAACAUCAGAUGCUGUAACAGUUCCUGUUGAGAAAGUGGAAGAGGAAGCCGAGAAGGUUGGACCUGAGAGUAUUGGAUCCGAGAAUGAAGAGAAGAAAAUUGAACCGGGAAAUGAGACGGACGAAAAUAAUGUAAAAACUGAGGAGCUGAAUGAUAAGGGGAACAAAGAAGAUCCGACUCCGGACGAUACAACUUGCGAAGUUGCUGAUAAGAAAUUAGAAAGUUUUGAGAACAACGUGCAAGAAAGCAAAACUGAAGAUGCAGGAACUGACACCGAGCAGAAAAAAGAAGAAAGCUACGUCAAUUUGAAACCAUUGAGAGAUGUCGGUCGUGUUCAUGAAUUUUGCAAACGUUACACUGAUAAUGAAUGGGAGAGAAUGCCUCAUGUUGUCCAAGAUGAAGUCAUGCGGCAACGCAAAUUUUACGGUUUUUCAAAUAAGGUGAAUAUGGCUCUCAAUAGUAAAAUGCUUUUUGAUAUCUGUCUUUUUCGAUUAUUGCUAUUCAGCUGUCAUAUUUUUCAUAAUUCUCAUCAUAAGACCGAAAUGGUAGGUGUUACAUACACUGAUCACGCGAAGGAAUCCGGAGACUCUCCAAAAGUGAAAAGCCAGGGAGAAUCACCGGGAACGUUCACUGACUAUAAAACCUGCCGACAACCAAAUUAUCGAAACAAUAAACAUUCGUACAUGCAACGCGAGAAUACCGAUCGUAAACCGACAAAUUAUACCAAGAGAAAUCAUAUUCGUAAGGAGGAGCCCGUUUGCAACCAAGAGCUAAUGCCUCUUUCCGACGAUGCUUUUACCGCUGUAUACGAGCCCAGAGUCUGGCAGGGGCUACCGCGGGAAGCGAAAGAAGAAAUUAUGAAACAAAGAAGACUCAAGCUUGACCGUACGAAUCCGGGAGACACCCAAAAGCGGGAGACACGAAAGCGGGAGACACAAAAGCGGAAGACACGAAAGGGGAGAAAGUACGCAAUUGCUUACCGUAAUCCACCGUUCCGUUGUAAAAAAUUAGGCUAUUUUUCAGUAAAUUUGUGA